AUGCACGACAACAGCAGCGACAUGCACGACAACGACAAAGGCAUGCAUGACAACGACAGUGCAAAAGUCAGAAGCGAAGGACUUGAGACCGUUGAAGACUUUGUUCAAAAGCUUCCAGGACUAUACGUCGCCAAGGAAGAUCUUGCCAAACCAAUUCCUCCUUACAACCCUGGCUCAGGCGGGAAGGACGAUGCGCGUCAGGAGAUGCUUGCGAAAUUUCCCAUGGUAAAGAAAGCUGUUUCCAAGAACAAAAAGGGUGCUGCUCAAGAUGAAGAUCGCGCAGCAGCUCACGCGUCUGGAGUUGUCACUACAUCAGGUGUUGAUCCUGGAGGCCCCAACGACACACCGUUCCUCCAUGUCUACGAGCACCAUACAAGUUACGCAAAGCUGACAUUUGACUCACCGAGCACCCUACGACUGCAACGCUCCAAGACGGAUGCCGUCGACUCCAUCAUCUACCUGAAGGAAUUAGAUGGCGACGCGCCAGUGUACGUUGAGUACUACCGUUUCAAAAGAGGAUACACGCUGCGUUUCAACGACUGCGGUGCGACGAAAGAGAUAAAAUGGAAGAAGACCGCCGCGGAAAAGGAGCUGAUGAAGCGCAAGUCGAAGAAGAAGGACGAGAACACGCCUGUAGGCGACACCGAGAAGAAGAAGGAGAGUGUCUCAUGGAACAAGGAGACGCAUUACUGGAAAGAACUCCAUGUUUACUUUCCACCCGACCGCUGGAACACUGGCUUUCACCACGAGGCUUGGACAGACGACUACAAAGUAGGAUAUGGCACGUACAAUGAAGCGCAAGCAAAGCAUAACGUACUCGCCUUCCCAGACUUCAUGGACGAGCUGGAUAAAUGUUUCAAGGCUGAGAAGGUGGAACAUACCAAGGUCGAGGAAAUAGCCCGGAAAGAUGGGAAAGUGAAGAGGCAAAGAAGAAAGAAGGAAAAGGCUGGCGUGAACCGGGAGCUUGAGGACGAAGAGGGGAACAGGGUGUUUAUUUUGAGGCGGAGGAAGGAAGGGAAGAGGCUGGUUCCUGAUAUCAGUGUGAGGGUCUCGGAGGAGGAGGAGGGACGGAUUGCAAGAGCGAGGGAGGAUCAGAGGGUGCGAGAAGACGCUCUCCGCGCUGAGGAAGAGGCUGGAGAGGACGCUGUAAGAGAGGAAUGGGAACCUACGGCUGAGGAGGAGAAUCAGAUGGAAACGGAAAUGGUCAUGGACUAG